AUGGGUCAAGCCUUCUGUCAUGUGAUUAUGAAAGAGUUUUAUCUCAAUAAUCCAAGUGACUAUUUUGUCGAUUAUGCCAAACGCUACACUGACUUACCGAUGCUUGUGAUGGUCGAAGGCGAAGGUCGUGAACUGCGUGCAGGACGUUUCUUGCGUGCUUCAGAUUUGACAGGUAAUCUGGGUCAAGACAAUAACCCAGAAUGGAAAACCAUUGCGAUCAACCAAAAUGGUGAACUCGUCUCGCCACAAGGCUCAAUCGGCUAUCGUUGGGGCAAAGAAGACCGUGACGAUAAAGGUAAAUGGAACAUCGAAGCCCGUGACGGAACGACAGGCGCAGAGAUUGAUUUAGCCCUGAGUCAAAAAGACAGUGGUGAUAGUGUCGAAGUUGGACUUGAUUAUUUUGGCGGCGAUGAACACCCUUAUUUUGCGGCUGCUAAAGGCGAUGCCAUUCAGUACAAAACUGUACCUUGCCGUACUAUCAAUCUUGCCAAUGGUCAAACUGCCAAGGUUGUCACUGUGUUUGACCUCAUGGUGGCUAACUUAGGUAUCGACAAUGGUCUUGGCGGUCAGCAUGUUACCAACGACUAUAACGAUGCAACAGUAGCAGGCACGCCUGCAUGGCAAGAGACUAUCACAGGCGUAAGCCGUGAAAAAGUCAUCCAAAUUGCGCGUGAAUUUGCCGACAAUGCUCACAAAACCCAUGGUAAAUCGAUGAUUAUCAUCGGUGCAGGUAUGAACCACUGGUAUCACCUUGAUAUGAACUACCGUGGUGUUAUCAAUAUGCUCAUGCUAUGUGGUUGUAUCGGUAAAUCAGGCGGUGGCUGGGCGCACUAUGUUGGCCAAGAAAAAUUACGCCCACAAACAGGGUGGGCACCGCUUGCCUUUGCCCUUGACUGGCAUCGUCCGCCACGCCAUAUGAAUGGUACAAGCUUCUUCUAUAACCAUAGCUCACAAUGGCGUUAUGAAAAACUCUCUGCGCAUGAAUUGUUGUCGCCACAUGCCAACAAAUCCAUGUUCCCAGAGCAUAUGCUCGACUACAACAUCCGUGCAGAACGUGCCGGUUGGUUACCAUCCGCACCACAGUUAGACCGUAACCCAUUGACAAUUGCAGCCGCGGCACGUGCGCGUGGUAUUAAUGUUGAAGAUUAUGUGGUCGAAAGCUUACAAAAUGGUAGCCUAAAAUUUGCUGCCGAAAGCCCAGAUAACCCUGCCAACUUCCCUCGCAAUAUGUUUAUUUGGCGUUCAAACUUGCUUGGCUCAUCGGGCAAAGGGCAUGAAUAUAUGCUCAAAUACUUGCUUGGUACCAAAAACGGUGUAUUAGGUGAAGAAACCGUUGCCGAAUUGCGUCCACACGAAGUCGAAUGGAUCGAAAACGCUCCUACCGGCAAACUUGACCUAGUAACGACCCUAGAUUUUCGUAUGUCCUCAACCUGUCUAUACUCCGAUAUCGUGUUGCCCACGGCCACAUGGUACGAAAAAGAUGACAUGAAUACCUCGGAUAUGCACCCAUUUAUUCACCCGUUGACCGCAGCGACCGACCCUGCGUGGGAAUCCAAAACUGACUGGGAAAUUUAUAAAGGCAUCGCCAAAACUUUCUCAGCGUUAUCAGUGAAACAUUUGGGCGUCGAGACUGACGUGGUCACCUUGCCGAUGCAACACGAUAGCCCAGGCGAAUUGGCACAACCAUUUGGUGGUACUGACUGGAAAACCGCAGACGUUGCACCUGUCCCUGGUAAAAACUGUCCAAUGUUUAAAGUCAUUGAGCGUGAUUAUCCUAGCACCUAUGCCAAAUACACCUCACUUGGCGGUCUAAUGGAUACGCUCGGCAAUGGCUCAAAAGGUAUCAACUGGAAUACCGUGGAAGAAGUCGGCAAUUUAGGCGAUUUAAAUUACCGAGUCACUGAGCCAACGGUUUCUCAAGGUCGCCCUCGUAUCAACACGGCGAUUGAUGCGGCCGAAACCAUCUUGAUGCUUGCGCCAGAAACCAACGGCCAUGUAGCGGUCAAAGCAUGGGCGGAUUUGUCUAAAACCACGGGGCGUGACCAUACGCAUUUGGCAAAAUCCAGCGAACAUGAAAAAAUCCGUUUCCGUGAUAUCGUGGCACAGCCUCGUAAAAUUAUCUCAAGCCCGACUUGGUCAGGUUUGGAGAGCGAAAAAGUGAGCUAUAAUGCAGGCUACACCAACGUACACGAACUCAUUCCUUGGCGUACAAUUACUGGUCGUCAGCAGUUUUAUCAAGACCACCCUUGGAUGCAAGCAUUCGGUGAGCAAAUGCAACAAUAUCGCCCACCGAUUGAUACCAAGGCAACUGAGGCUUUUAGCGGUUAUAAAUCCAAUGGCAAUCCUGAAGUGGUACUGAACUUCUUAACACCGCACCAAAAAUGGGGCAUUCACAGUACCUACUCUGAAAACUUGCUGAUGCUGACCCUAAGCCGUGGCGGUCCUUGUGUCUGGAUGAGUGAAAUUGAUGCUCGUAAAGCAGGUAUCGUCGAUAACGACUGGAUUGAAGUGUUCAAUGCCAACGGUUCUAUCGUCGCUCGUGCUGUGGUAUCACAGCGGGUCAAAGAAGGCAUGACCAUGAUGUACCAUGCCCAAGAAAAACUGGUCAAUAUUCCAGGCUCUGAAUCAACAGGUACUCGCGGUGGUAUCCAUAACUCAGUGACCCGUGCCGUACUUAAGCCUACUCAUAUGAUUGGGGGCUAUGCACAACAAGCUUACGGCUUUAACUACUAUGGUACAGUCGGUUGUAACCGUGACGAGUUUGUAUUGGUGCGUAAAGUUGCCAAAGUUGAUUGGCUAGAAGGCAAACCAGACGACGAGCUACCAAGACCGCUCGCUACCACUUUAGACUAA